UUUUCCCCGCAGAGUUGAUGUUAGCAGGCUAAUCCAGUGCAGAGGUAAAAAAGCUAGUGUGAAGGUUGGAAUCGGUCACUCUAGCGAGCUACUCAUUUCCAUCAACUAUUUAUAUAUUUUCUCGGGAGAAGCAAUAUGGCUUCGGGUGGAGAAUCCAAAAAUGAUGAUCUUUCCACUGCCAUUCUGAAGCAGAAGAACAGGCCAAAUAGGCUGAUCGUUGAUGAAUCCAUCAAUGAGGACAACAGUGUUGUGUCUCUCUCUCAGGCAAAGAUGGAUGAGCUCCAGCUCUUUAGGGGGGACACAGUGCUGUUGAAGGGUAAGAAGAGGAGGGAGACCGUUUGCAUCGUCCUGUCUGACGACACCUGCUCUGACGAAAAGGUUCGCAUGAACAGGGUGGUCCGAAACAACCUCAGGGUGCGCCUUGGUGAUGUCAUCAGUAUUCAGCCAUGUCCAGAUGUGAAGUAUGGAAAGCGCAUUCAUGUUCUGCCAAUCGAUGACACAGUGGAGGGCAUCACUGGCAACCUGUUUGAGGUCUAUCUUAAGCCUUACUUCUUGGAGGCUUACCGACCAAUCCGAAAAGGUGAUAUUUUCCUGGUCCGAGGAGGCAUGCGCGCUGUGGAGUUCAAAGUGGUGGAAACUGAUCCCAGCCCAUACUGUAUUGUGGCCCCAGACACAGUCAUCCACUGUGAGGGGGAACCCAUCAAGAGAGAGGAUGAGGAAGAGUCUCUGAAUGAGGUGGGUUAUGAUGACAUUGGAGGGGUAAGGAAACAGCUCGCCCAAAUCAAAGAAAUGGUGGAGCUACCUCUGAGACACCCAGCUCUCUUCAAGGCUAUUGGAGUGAAGCCUCCCCGUGGCAUUCUGCUGUAUGGACCCCCUGGAACUGGAAAGACUCUCAUCGCUCGUGCUGUGGCAAAUGAAACUGGAGCAUUCUUCUUCCUCAUCAAUGGACCUGAGAUCAUGAGUAAACUGGCAGGAGAAUCUGAGAGCAAUUUGCGAAAGGCUUUUGAGGAAGCAGAGAAGAACGCACCAGCCAUCAUCUUUAUUGAUGAACUUGAUGCCAUUGCACCAAAAAGAGAGAAGACUCACGGUGAAGUGGAAAGGCGCAUUGUGUCUCAGCUUCUCACUCUGAUGGACGGACUGAAGCAAAGGGCUCAUGUCAUUGUCAUGGCAGCCACUAAUAGACCCAACAGCAUUGACCCAGCUCUCAGGCGAUUUGGACGCUUUGACAGAGAGGUGGACAUCGGCAUUCCAGAUGCUACUGGAAGACUUGAGAUACUUCAGAUCCAUACCAAGAACAUGAAGCUUGCAGAUGAUGUUGAUCUGGAGCAGGUUGCAAAUGAGACCCAUGGUCAUGUGGGAGCUGAUCUGGCUGCACUUUGCUCCGAGGCUGCACUGCAAGCCAUUCGAAAGAAAAUGGACCUCAUUGAUCUGGAGGAUGAGACCAUUGAUGCAGAGGUUAUGAACUCCCUGGCUGUAACAAUGGAUGACUUCAGGUGGGCUCUUAGCCAGAGCAACCCAUCUGCCCUGAGAGAGACAGUUGUGGAGGUUCCCAACAUCACCUGGGAGGAUAUCGGUGGCCUUGACGAUGUGAAGAGAGAGCUACAGGAGCUGGUGCAGUACCCAGUGGAACAUCCAGACAAAUUCCUUAAGUUUGGCAUGACCCCAUCCAAGGGUGUGCUGUUCUACGGACCACCAGGUUGUGGUAAAACCCUGCUGGCCAAGGCCAUUGCCAAUGAGUGCCAGGCCAACUUCAUCUCAAUCAAGGGCCCAGAACUGCUCACCAUGUGGUUUGGAGAAUCAGAGGCUAAUGUCCGUGAGAUCUUUGACAAGGCUCGUCAAGCUGCUCCUUGUGUGCUCUUCUUUGAUGAGUUGGACUCCAUUGCUAAGGCUCGUGGUGGAAAUGUUGGCGACGGUGGUGGCGCUGCUGACAGAGUCAUUAACCAGAUUCUCACAGAAAUGGAUGGUAUGUCCAGCAAGAAGAACGUCUUCAUCAUUGGGGCCACCAACAGACCAGACAUCAUUGAUCCUGCCAUCCUCAGGCCUGGCCGACUGGACCAGCUUAUCUACAUCCCACUGCCUGAUGAGAAGUCUCGCAUUGCCAUUCUCAAAGCUAAUCUCAGGAAGUCUCCAAUCUCAAAGGACGUGGACCUGGACUUCUUGGCCAAGAUGACCAAUGGCUUUUCCGGUGCUGACUUGACUGAGAUCUGUCAGAGAGCCUGUAAACUGGCCAUCCGUGAGUCUAUCGAGAAUGAGAUCAGACGGGAACGCGAGAGGCAGACUAACCCUUCUGCAAUGGAGGUGGAAGAGGAUGACCCUGUGCCUGAGAUUAGAAAGGACCAUUUCGAGGAAGCUAUGCGCUUUGCCCGCCGCUCUGUCAGUGAUAAUGACAUCCGCAAAUACGAGAUGUUCGCACAGACCCUGCAACAAAGCAGAGGCUUUGGCAGUUUCAGAUUCCCAUCCAGUAACCAAGGAGGAAGUGGACCAAGUCAGGGCUCUUCUGGUAGUGGUGGAGGCAACAUCUUUAAUGAGGACAACGAUGAUGAUCUUUAUGGAUAAAUGUGACCACGUGGCUAACCUUCACAGGCCACUCUUCAUACAGGCCGCCGUGUACAAAAGACAAAAAAUAAAAAAUUCCACAUUUUUAGGACUGUG